AUGAGUGCCCCGGUAGGCACAGCUGGCAAGACCAACAUUUAUUGGUGCACCUCGUGUGAGGCGAGCUUCAUGCGCAAGUAUGACUGGAAGCGCCACGAGGAUGAGUUUCACGAGCGCUGGCGUAAGUACCCUUGUCCUGAGCCUGGAUGUAACCGUAGCUUCUGGGGAUCUAACUCGUUCAACCAACAUCACACGCAGUGCCACGGAUGCAAGACUUGUCCUCACGCCGAGAAGGUGGUCAAGUUUCUUCGAAAGCGCAAGUACUGGGCUUGUGGCUUCUGCUCUGCUCUUCACCCUAGGUACUAUUAA